AUGAGCAGGGAGGCUAGCCUGUCCGGCGACACCUCCACACCCACUCACAGCCUGGCGCUCAGCGGGGAGAUGGCGGUCGACAAGUCCAAGCGCUACGACAGGGGCAUCAGGGUGUGGGGCGCCCAUGGGCAGGAGGCGCUGGAGGCGGCCCGCGUCUGCCUGCUCAACGCGGGCCCCACCGGCACCGAGGCCCUCAAAAACCUGGUGCUGGGCGGCAUCCACUCCUUCACCAUCGUGGACGGCGCCAAGGUCACCGCCGCCGACCUGGGCAACAACUUUUUGCUGACCGCCGACAGCCUGGCGGGCAGCAGGGCGCGGCUGAGCAACCCGUGGCCGGAGCUGGCCCGAUACGUGGAAGGCGUGGACCUGGCCUCAGCUGAGGACCAGCUGCACAGCCAUGUGCCCUACGCCGUGCUGCUAGCCAAGGCGGCCAAGCAGUGGCAGGAGCAGCACGACGGCAAGCUUCCCGGCAGCUACCCGGAACGUGCCGCCUUCAAGGACAUGAUACGGUCCUGGCAGCGCCACAUAGACGGCAUCCCGCUGGAGGAGGAGAACUUUGCCGAGGCCGCCAGCAACGCGCACAAGGUGUGGGCGCCGCCCACCGUCUCCCCCGAGCUGCGGGCGUCCCCUGGCUUCUGGGUGCUGGUGGCGGCGCUGCGCCGCUUCAUAGAGGGGGAGGGCAAGGGGCUGCUGCCGCUGGAGGGCAGCAUACCCGACAUGCACGCCAGUACGCAGCAGUACCUAGAGCUGCAGCGCAUCUACCGCGCCAAGGCAGACGCAGACGCGGCAGCGGUGGAGGCGCAUGCUCGGGCCAUCCUGGAGGGCGCGGGGCGAGACCCCGCCGCCAUCCCCGCUGCCGACAUCAAGCACUUUUGCAAGCACGCACGCUACCUCAGGCUAGUGCGCUGCCGCUCGCUCGCUGAGGAGACGGGAGCGGGGAGCUGCCGCGGCGGGGCGCUGCGUGCGGCGCUGGCGGCAGAGGACACCGCCGCCUCUGCCGCCCUGUACGUGCUGCUGCGCGCCGCCGACCGCUUCCACCAGACCUACCAGCGCUACCCGGGGUCAUACGACAGCGAGGUGGAGGAGGACGCCGCGCUGCUGAAGAGCCAGGCCCAGGCGCUGCUGGCAGAGUGCGGCGCGGGCGGCGGCGCCGCCGGCGUGGCCGACGACCUGGUGGGGGAGGUGUGCCGGUGCGCGGCGGGCGAGCUGCACGUGGUGGCGGCGGUGGUGGGCGCGGUGGCGGCGCAGGAGGCCAUCAAGAUAGUGACGGGGCAGUUUGUGCCACUGGGGGGCGUGCUCAUCUACAACGCCAUGGCCUGCACCUCCUCCGUCUUUGCCUUCUAG